CCAUAGGAUGCGCACACUGUCGCUCCCCCAUUCCCUACUCUCAUUCAUGGCCGCCCCGCUACUCCUAAGAGGUAUCCCCCUCCUCUAUACCCGAUUCCAACAACGCAGUUCCGCCUCUGGUUUCUUUGCCGCUGUGGGCAGACCGUCUUAUUGUGCGGCGGCCGAGCCGUGUCAGCCACACAGUAAUGAGAUCCCCGGGAUAGAGCGCACAGCUGAUUGGAGUGCCAAAGAACCGCUACGGCACUCUCGGUUGGACGACCCCGGAUACAGGCGGUGGAAAGAUAGAGAGGCGGAGAUUCUUCGAGACAUCGAGCCCAUCACUUUUCUUACCAAGGAGAUUCUCCAUUCUAACAAGUAUAAAGAUGGAGAACGUCUAACAGAUGAAGAUGAAAAGGCUGUGGUAGAAAAGCUUCUUGCUUAUCAUCCACAUUCUGAAGAUAAAAUUGGAUGUGGCCUUGAUUCUAUUAUGGUUGAUCGGCAUCCUCAAUUUAGACACUCAAGGUGCUUGUUUGUGGUACGAACAGAUGGUGGGUGGAUAGACUUCUCCUAUCAAAAGUGUCUUAGAGAAUACAUUCGAAAUAAGUACCCAUCUCAUGCAGAGAGGUUCAUUCGAGAACAUUUUAAACGUGGAAGUGGCUAAUAGAUUUAUUUGUUACAAAGGUUAUGGUGGUGAUAUGUUUAACAGUUACGAGAAUCCUUCUGGUUUGGUUGAUAUGGUUUGACUGUCAGUUACUGAAGUUCAUCAGUCUUGUGGGUGGAGUAACCCUGCUAUUUAUCCAUGGCUCAGAUGCUACUUAAAUCUAUUGCCUAUGUAGCGUAGCCCUUGUACUGGAUGCUCUUGUUCAUUUAUUAACUGAGAAAAAAAAAACAUGAUAAAAAUUGUAGCUAGAAGAUCACUGGAUUAUCUUCUUGAUGAAUUUUAUCUUUCCCUAUUGCAGGGAAAUGAUUCAUACAUGCAAUUUCAUCUAUCCCAAGCAAUUUUCUUUUGUUGAUGCAA